ACAAGGAGCAGACAAAAGCACAGGGAGGCUUGACGCAGCUGUUUGUUGUUGUGGAGGAGAAAAAUGGAUUGGACAGAACUGUGUUUGAUAUCUCUUGGUUCUGCAGUUGUUAUCUACUAUGGAGGGAAACUGCUGCUUUUCAGCAGGAUGCUUUUUCCCAAACUGUUCUUUCCUUUACCAAGGAGCUUCUUCACUUCUUUGGGAGAGUGGGCAGUGGUGACUGGUGCUUCAGAAGGAAUAGGCAGAGCAUAUGCAUUUGAGCUGGCCAAACAAGGAAUGAACGUGGUUAUCAUGAGCAGAACCAAAGAAACAUUGGACCAGGUUGCCAAGAAAAUAAGUGAAACAACAGGGCAGAGGGUGAAAGUGAUCGUAACAGACUUCAUAAAGGAAAAUGUGUUUUCUGAAAUUGAGGAUCAGCUUAGAAGCCUUGACAUUGGGGUUUUAGUCAAUAAUGUGGGCAUGCUGCCAAGUGUCGUCCCCAGCAAAUUCCUGUGGUCAGCAGAGCUCGACAAGACAAUUACAAAGUUGAUUAACUGCAAUGUGAAAACUAUGGCCAAGAUGUGCAGAAUAACCCUUCCAGGCAUGCAGAACAGAGGAAGAGGGGUGAUACUGAAUAUCUCAUCUGGAAUUGCCUCUGUCCCAUUUCCUAUGUACACCAUAUAUGCUGCAUCUAAAGUGUUUGUGGAAAGAUUAUCUCAAGCCCUGCAAGCUGAAUACAAAGAUAAGGGGGUCAUUAUACAGGCGGUGUCUCCAUUUGGGGUCUCAACACAAAUGGCAGCUUACCAAAAAACCAACUUAGUGACUCUGUCUCCUGAAGGCUUUGUGGAAAGCUCCCUGCAGUACAUCAGAGCCGGAGACAAAACAUAUGGCAGCAUCUGCCACAUGGUUCUGGGCUGGUUGCUGCGGUCUAUUCCUCUCACGAUUCUCUAUUCAGAGUCCAUGUUACAAAGCCUACAAGACUAUGUCAAGAAGAAAGGAGUGGAGAAUGCAUCCAUGGCUGCAAAACGUGCCACUUCUGAAAACAAUGUAAACAAGAACUAGCAUCACUGACCUCUUCUAUGGCAAAUAAUCUAGCCAUCUAUGACACUGCACCACUAAACACUUCUUUAAAUAUUUUGAGACUGUUAAAUUAUUUAAACUAUGCAUUUUUGUGCAUUAAUUAUUAACUGCUUAAUAGGAAAUAUUUCAUACAUUUGUUAAAAGCUUGUAAAAUUUAAAAUCAAAGGACUUAUUUCCUUUACUGCUGGUAUCCAUGCACAAUUUAAAACAGACAUGCAAAUUUGAUAAAUUUCUGAAAGCUUUUAAUCCACAUUCAUAUUAAUAUUUACAUUAAAUCUGAGUUCUUAACAGCUGAAAUGGAAACUAUGUCCUUGGAUUCAAGGAUAUUUGACUUUGUAUAUGUGUGCCUGUUUCCCAUAAUCAUAAAACCUUGAACAGAUGAA